AUGAGUGAGAAGUCUGAAGAACCGAAAGAGGAGAGAGUGGAGAAGACGUCGGGACCUGCCGCGAGACCCCGGCUCCAGGCCUCCAGCCCUGGAGACCCUCGCUGGGCCGGCCGGCUCGCCGUGGUCACCGGCGCAAACUCUGGAAUAGGCGUGGCCAUCGCGCGGCAGCUGCUCCAGCUCGGCAUGGUGGUGGUCGCCAUAGACGUCGAGGUGUACUCUGUCCAGGAACUGGCGCUGAAGGAGCCACGCCUGUACUCCGUGGUGUGUGACGUCAGCGCAGAGGAGGACGUGCUGUCCACGUUCCGCUACGUCGAGGAGACGCUGGGCGGCGUCGACGUCCUCGUCUACAACGCCGGCGUCACCGGCUUCUCCAGUCUUCUCGACGGUUCCCCGGCCGAGUGGCGGCGCCUGCUGGACGUGAACGUGGUGGCGCUCUGCCUCUGCACCAGGGAGGCCGUGGCUUCGAUGCGCCGCCGGCACCUCGCCGACGGACAAGUGGUGCUAGUCAGCAGCCAGGCGGCUCACCAGGUGCCGGGCAGAGCGCCGCUCCACUUCUACUCGGCCACCAAGCACGCGGUCAAGGCGCUGGCGGACGGCUUCCGGCUCGAGCUCGCGGACUCCGGCAUCAGACUCACGACGGUGAGCCCCGGCGAGGUGAAGUCGACGUACCCUCGGUCUCCGCUGGCGCCCGCCAGAGAGCAGCAGCAGCAGCAGCAGGAGACGACGACGACGACGACGACG